CAAAAUUUGUAACAACAUGGUAGAGGUCACAUCCGGUUUGUUUUCGGCUGUCGGACUUGCUAUGCCUGCUACAGAAAGUUAAAGUGAAAGCAGCAAGGACCUUUAACUCUCAGGGUUGUUGGUACAACUUGCAUAGCUUAACGACCGUCUUGUACCUGUGAGAAUUCAAAAUGUUUUCUUUGACAAUGACCGUACAGCCACAGGUGACUGUACCCCUUAGUCACCUCCUCAACGUCCUCCACUCUCUGAAGAGCUCAGUGGGGAGCAGCAGCAGUGCCACCAGCAAAUCAAGAAUACACAAGGAGCAUGCCUCAGACCCAGAACUACACUGCUCAGAGCCCAUGUGGAACCUGCGGGAGCUUGGCUUAUCAGACCUGGGAGCACAGCAGCUGGAUGAGCUGGUGAAUCGUGUGUUACCGCGCCUCAGCCCGCAGGAGGCGCCGCUUCCAUUUGGUAUCAGCGGUCAGACAGCCUGGAGGACUUCUCAUCUCUCUACACCCUCCUUUUUCCACAACAAGCAUGGGUUCUCAUGUGGUCCCAUGUCAGCCCCAGUUUUUUCCAGGCAGCAUCCCUUAUCUCUUCAGUCUGUCUGCACAGAGCUACAACACUAUCCAGUCUGGGUCCAGAGCAGAGGCUUUAAGACUUUAAGGAGCAAAACCAGAAGACUGCAGUCAGCCUUCGACCGCCCGAUAGAAUCUGAAGGGUUUACACCAUCUUUUAUGAAGGGUUUCCUGACACGUGACAAGGGGAUUGAAGUGGAAAGUCUAGACAGCAUGUUGAAGAGCAAGAACAUACCUGAUGGACAGCAGGAUGCUUUUAAGAGGGGCUUUGCUGAAGGUUUCCUGAAAGCCCAAGCUCUGACACAACGCACACAAGACUCUCUGAGAAGGACUCGUCUCAUCCUGCUGGUGCUGCUUCUUGUUGGGCUCUAUGGUAUCUCAAAGACCCCCUUCAUAUCGGUGCGGUUCCGAACCACAUCAGGCCUGGACUCGGCAGUGGACCCUGUCCAGAUGAAAAACGUGACAUUUGAGCACGUCAAAGGGGUAGAAGAAGCUAAGAAUGAGCUGCAGGAAGUGGUGGAGUUCCUGAAAAACCCACAGAAGUUCACAGCCUUGGGAGGAAAGCUGCCAAAAGGUGUCCUACUGGUUGGCCCUCCAGGGACUGGUAAGACCCUACUAGCUAGGGCGGUGGCAGGAGAGGCAGAUGUGCCAUUCUACUACGCCUCCGGGUCAGAGUUUGAUGAGAUGUUUGUUGGAGUGGGAGCCAGCCGCAUUAGGAACCUUUUUAGGGAGGCUAAAGGUAAUGCUCCCUGCGUGAUCUUUAUUGAUGAACUGGACAGCGUUGGAGGGAAAAGGAUCGAGUCUCCCAUGCACCCUUACUCCAGACAGACCAUCAACCAACUACUUGCUGAGAUGGAUGGGUUUAAACCAAACGAAGGCGUGAUCAUCAUCGGAGCCACCAACUUCCCAGAGGCUUUGGAUAAUGCCCUGAUCCGCCCAGGACGUUUUGACAUGCAGGUGACUGUCCCCAAACCAGAUGUUAAAGGACGCACAGAGAUCCUCAACUGGUACCUGAAGAAGAUUAAAGUGGAUCCAGCUAUUGAGGCCAAUAUCAUUGCCCGGGGCACGGUGGGCUUCUCCGGCGCUGACCUGGAAAAUCUGGUAAACCAGGCUGCCCUGAAGGCGGCAGUUGAUGGUAAAGACAUGGUCACCAUGAAGGAGCUGGAGUUUGCUAAAGACAAAAUCCUCAUGGGCCCUGAGAGGAGGAGUGCAGAAAUAGACAAGAAGAACAAGCUUAUCACAGCAUACCAUGAAUCAGGUCAUGCAAUUGUAGCUUACUACACCAAAGACGCCAUGCCAAUCAACAAAGCCACUAUCAUGCCCAGGGGGCCCAGUCUGGGACAUGUGUCCAUGCUCCCGGAGAAUGAUCGCUGGAGUGAGACUCGCUCUCAGCUGCUGGCCCAGAUGGACGUCAGUAUGGGUGGCCGUGUAGCAGAGGAGAUCAUAUUCGGUCGUGAAUACAUCACAACAGGAGCAUCAAGCGACUUUGAUAGUGCCACCAAGAUCGCUAAGUUGAUGGUGACCAGAUUUGGAAUGUGUGAAAAGUUGGGUGUGAUGACCUACGCUGACAUGACGCAGCAGAGCCCAGAGACACAAGCAGCUGUGGAGCAAGAAGUCAGGGUGUUAUUGAAGGAGUCUUACGAGCGUGCCAAAGCCCUCCUGAAGUCUCACGCCAAGGAGCACAAGAGCCUUGCAGAUGCACUGCUCAUGUAUGAGACUCUGGAUGCCAAAGAGAUCCAGCUGGUGUUGGAGGGCAAGAACCUGGAGACCAGAUGAAACCAGCAAGGUCGGCAACAACCAGGGGGGUUAACGGGGAAGAUUUUAAGAGCUCAGGGGUUACGGAGAGAGGCAUGGACCCAUGAGCCGUGAAUCAGAGACAAAGUAUGUUGCCGAGUGCUCAUGUUGGACAACGUCGUAUCUUCAUGCUGUCACCUUUGUGUAAACUCAUAGAUAUUUCCACAUAUGUAGCUUUGUUAUUAGAUACUUGUACAUGAUUGUCAGGUGUUCAGAGGUAAGCAGGUGUAUGUUGGGGAAAGAUGUGUGAAACAGACUGCAUGUAGAGCGCUGACGAGUAAUGUCGCUGCUCGAUUGUUGAAGGUGGAACUCUUUCAUGCUUUCCAGCAUAGGAAUGUGUUUGAUAGAUGUCUGGUUCCUUGCAGGUAAAGAUAAUGUUGUGGAUGUCGCUCAGGUCACUUUUAUCAGUUGGUGGGAUGAAAUAAUACAUGAAUGUCACCUCAAAUGUAAAAAACAGCAGCUGGAUAGGAUUUUUUAAAAUGUUAAUUGUUAACAAAUUAUUAGAAAUUUGUUUAAAUUCUGUUCAGCCAGGUCUACGUAUUCAGUUUUUUAUCCUGUCGAUGGGAAAUUCUUAGUGGCAUGUACCUUCAACCCAAAGAGCAACUGUCUGUUGUCUUCUAGUGUUUGUGUUCAUGUUAUUUGUCUACUGUAUCUUCAAGUCAUAUAGGCUACACUCAUUCUUUAAUCAUUGAAAAGAUCAUGCAUAUAUACAUUCUCCUGUCCUGCUGUACCCCUCUGUAUAUUCCCAUAUUUGUCUGAGCCCUGUUGCUUAUUUUUAAAGGUGGCCUUUUGGGGGAAUGUACUGUGUGUGUAUUAAGUUAACUACAAUGUCUCAGCACUUUUGGCAAGUGUACAAAUCGAAAAGACACUUGUGCACUCUUUAUGUUCUAUAUUUCGAUGCUGCGUGUACAGAUGUGAAAGAAAACUGCUGCUCAGCCUCAAUAAGCAUGCAACAAAUACAAACUGUGUUUAUGUAGUGAUAGAGCAUUGGGAGCUUUAGGAUUUUUAAAGUCAUAAUGUCGGCCUAAUAUAUUAAAAUGGAUAACAGAUUCUCUUAAUCUUAAGAUUAUUCAAACUACAAGGCCAGUUCUAUCUGUUAAUAUCCAUCGCCCGCCAUCUCCUUUGUUAUUGCCUCAACACAGAAGGAUUUCUCACUCGCAUCUUGUGCUCCAUACCUCUCUGUAGUGUAAACAAAUUCUUACACAUCGCAGUAGAAGAAAGAUGCCUGUGUUUAGUGUUAACUGGCACUGCUCUGAGUGUAAAGAACGGUGUCAAACGCAUUGAGCAUAAGCUGUAACCGAUCAUUAAUUCUAAUUGUAAAGUGAUCCUUGUUUCUGAAUGACAUUUCUUCUACGCAGAUUGCAGGUAGAAAUGUACAGUUAUCCAUCUGUUAAAAUAUUGAAUGUCUUCAUUUUCAAUAGUUCCAGCAACAGAAGUGUAUAUAUCCAUAUUUUUAGCAUUUUAGAACAUUGGUUUCUUUGAAGGCAAAGAAUUCUUGACAACCUUGUUGUUAAGAUUACCACCAGGUUUUAAGUUAUACUUAAAAAAACUUUUUUUGGUUUCAGUUUGACACAAUUCUUCUUUUGUUUAUUGGCCUUUUACUAGUGUCUAGCUGUAUAUAUGAUUGGGAAGUAAUGGGAACAUUGUAUAUAGAUGUAUAGAAAAGCUUUUAUGCUGUGUGCAAAUUGAAUGGCUAUCUUUUGUUCAUUGACAGAAUCUCUCAACAAUGCGAUGGUGAUGGUUAAUGAGCAUUUGUGCAGCUGAAAUAAAUAAAAAGAAGCCCAAAUAAA